UCAGCAUCGUGUGUGUGCGUGUGUGUUUGUGUCUGUGUCAGCAAGUAGCUGACCCCCAGUUGUGGCAGGUGCAAUGAACUAAGUGAACAGACAUGAUUACGGGGCCGGAAGCAAGACAAACGCAUAGAUUGCUCGACUUGAAAAAGCAGCAAUGGGCUAAGGAACGAGAGGAAAUUGCUCGCAGAGAUGAGAUGUUUCAUCAUCAGCAGACAUCGUCGACAUCGCACCACAAAAUCGAACGCACCUCCAUACGCACCUACUACUCCAAUCUGGAUCUCAGCCAGACCGAAUCAUCAUCGAAUCAGACCUCCAGUCAUGCCCGCCCACCACCCAAUCAGUUGCCCAUGCAGUUGAUUGCGCGACCACCCGUCGUCCCCUCGGACUAUCGCCAAAUGCAGCGACAGCGCAGCGAGGAUUAUAUGAAUCAGCUGGAGCGCUAUAUCGAUGAUCUGGAUGUGCAUGUGGAUGCCGAUGCCGAGUUCGAGGAUGAUGAAUUGCUCUACAGGCGCAAUCGACGGGGCAGCUAUGCCCCCGGAAUGUCAGCGCGACAGUUACAGCUGCAGGUUCCGCCGGGACGUUAUGUGGAGCUGGUGCCCACAUCUCUGCAAACGGCCAAGGGACGCAUGCAGCAUCCACAGCAGCACCAGCAUCCACAGCAGCACCAGCAGCAGCAACGAUUGAGAAGUCCUAGUUUGCCCACUAUUAAGCAGCGGCAGUAUGCGGUAAGGAGACAACAGGAGCAGCAGCAGCAGCAGCAGCAAAUAGUCAAUGGCAACGUGAAGGCAACAAACAUUGAUCCCGGCAACGGAGGCAACCUGCCACAUCGAUUAAACAAUUCGAUUGGCAAUCAGGCGGCAGUCGGUUGCCAGGAAGAAGACACUUCCGGCUAUCUGAGCGAUACGCCCAAGAAUACACACACGCCCGAUAUUUGGUUUAACGACGCCGCCAGUCAAAAUGGGAGCAGCGCCAGCCCAGCUGAGGAGAGCGUUGUCAGCGCUGCAGUUGGCAACGUGAGGCGCUUGAGGCGAUCGAUACAGGGUACACCCAUUAACCUACCCAUGCCCCUGCCCCUGCCCCUACCCCUACCCCCACCACAACCCCUACCCCUAGCCACGCCCACGUCCACGGCACCAACGUCGAACUGCAAACAGACAUACGCCAUGAAAGCAGGACGUGCUCCUGGCCAGCACCACAGUCACAACUAUGAGCCAAUAGCAGCCGAUGGCUACAUGGCAGAUGGCUGUUGUUAUUUGCCGGUGCCGUCGACUUCCUCCAACAUGAGUCUCAGUCGCGAUGUGUCCACAUCGAAUACGUAUCAGGUGCACAUUAGCAAUACCUCCGAGCAGGGCGAUUACUAUGUGCACGAGCGGGAUCGGGAACGCGCCCGCUGGGCCAACUAUAAUAUGCAGCAGCAGCAGCAGCAGCAACAGCAGCAAUUGUUGCAACCGGGCUGGCUAAAUCGUGGCAUGCACGAUCUCAAGGAUAGCGAGGACGAUGUGCAAUCGAUGCAAUCCUCAUCCACCUAUUUGAGGGGUCAGAAUGCGCCGCUCGACGCACACACGCUGGCCGAGCGCAUGGACAAGCGACGCAAGGCAUCCGAGUAUCACAAUGCCAUCAAGAAGCAGCUCCACGAACGCGAGCUCAUACGCAAAUGGGAGCUGGAGCGUCAGCGGCAGGAGGAGCAGCUGGAGGACCAACGCAUCCGACGGGAAAAUCUAAUGGAGCAGGAGCGUUUAGAUUACGAGCGACGUCAGCUGCUGGAGCGCGAGGAGGCGGCACGAAAGAAGCAACAGGCGCUGCUGGAUGCCAUUGCCAAGGCGGAGUUGGCUGCUAAAAUAGAGAAGCAAAAGAAGCGUCAGAAACAUGUGCCGCCUAUAGAGCAGAGUCCCAGUCAGGAGCGGCCAGAGUUGCUCAGGGUGCUCUCAGUCGAGGAGGAAGAGGAGGAGCAACAGCAGCAGCAACAGCCAAAGCAGCAUCAACUGAAAGUGGCGGCAGAGCUUAAAGACAAGACAGCGGAGCCAGAGAGUCAUACGCCACGUGGAGCUCCACCCGCUUUGCUUACGGAGGAGAAGGUGCUGAUUGGGACGCCCAUCAAUCUGCGUCGCACCAUCACCAAACCCAUCAAGCAGCCAGCCACUGAGUCGACGGCCAAGAAGACAACUGAGGAGAAUAAGGAGAAUAUGGCGCUGCUGAUGCAGCCGGCUACGUUGAUUCCACUGCCCGUUACCAGCGAUAUAUUUGGGCUGCAGAAUGCCAUUGGGAAUCUGCAGAUAGCCACCUACUUAAUGCAGCAGCCACAGAUGAAGCCACCCAAUAGCAUGGAGCAGUGCUAUUCCAAGGCAACGAUGACCCAACGCACAGACACAUCCAUCUGCACCGAGGAUGGGUAUCAAGCGGAGAAGGAGGAGGAGGACGAGCUGCUAAUGCAGACGGCCCGCUCGGCCAGUGGCUGCAGCUUCUCACCCGACUCCCUGGAGCCAAACAAACUGGCGCUGAUGCCGUUGAAGACACCGCCGCAGCCCAACGAUGGAGCGCUGCAAGCAGAUGUGGAGACUCAGACGGAGUUGCCGCUUAACUGUGAUCUGUGCCUGUUCCAUGACAAUUUCUACAAGGUGCUGUUGAAGCGUGAGGUGUCCACCACAACCACAACGCAAACAUCCAAGUCGCAAACGCAGCCCGCCGAGGAGUCGGCAGCCGAGAAGGAUCACGAGACAACGACAACGACCACAACAACGACAACCACUACAUUCAAGGCAAAGAGCAAGGACAAGGACAAGGCGAAGAAGAAUCUGAGCAAGGACAGCAAGGAUGCCAACAAAAUGGACGAUCGACCUAAGUGGGGCGUCAACCGUCCAGUGGUGCAGUAUGUCAAGGCCAGCGAUCGGGAUCCCUUCUGCCUGCGCAAGAAGAAGAAUCACGGCACAUCCAUUGCGAAGCCGCCACGCUCCCAAUCGAUGGACUCACGCCUCGACACUGUCGUCACCCUGCCCGAGGAUCAGUUGAGUCAGGGCGAUGGUGAUACGGCCAUCAUCAGCACUGGCCAGCAUGAGGAGGAGGAAGGAUUUCUGCUCAAAGCACGCAACGUUUGCACUGAGAUUCUGCCCAUUAAAACCGACGAAAAGGGUCGCAUUUUCCUUAACUUUCGUGAAGCCAGCGCUAUUAUGAACGAGGAUGAGAUCAAGGACAAGUUGAGGCAGAAAUACUUCAAUUUCGGCCGUAUUCUGCCCAGACGCAGCUGGGCAUCGGCCACGCAGCACGGUCUGCCUUUCAGUGUGACCGCAGCAACAGCUACAGCCCCGCCAGCAACAAUUACAGUCGGAGACUUGGCAGAUGAUUGAAAUGAAUAUUCAAACUAUUUGUAAUACUAAUCCAAGAUACUCAAAUAUAUUUCUACCAUGUGCA